GAAUCUGCAAACGAGAUGCAAUUUAACGGCAAGAAGCUGGCCGAAUCGCUGCUGUACAGGAACCCCCCCAAACUGAAGAAUCUCUUUACCAAUAUAAAGAUGACUCUCACUCUCACCGUGAGAUUUUGUGUUACGUUACCGUCCAACAAGAUGAAAAUUGUUUGGAUUGCACUAGUGGCAUGCACAGCAACUCUAAUCUGCCCGGUACUUAGUCAAACUAGGCCAGUAUCAAACCGGCCAGGAAGGUUCCUUUCGCUGCCCAAUCCACAGAAAUGCGCAACCAGACCGAAACAGUUUUUCUUUAGGGGGCACAACUAUUUUUUUACGGGUCACGUUCCGGCACUGGCUAACAGAAAAAUGGACUGGCUAGAUGGACGAAAUCUAUGUCGCGAGUACUGUAUGGAUCUAGUCUCGCUGGAGACACAAGAAGAAAAUAACAUGAUCUUCAGGCUGAUUCAACAAAACGACGUUCCAUACAUUUGGACCUCCGGUCGUCUUUGUGACUUUAAAGGCUGCGAAAAUAGGGCCGAUUUGGAGCCUAAAAACGUUUACGGUUGGUUCUGGUCUGCAAAUAGGGAAAAGAUGGCGCCCACCAAUCAGGUACCGCCCGGAUUUAGUUACAAUCCUUGGUCGUCGACGGGACACAAGAAACAGAGACAACCUGACAAUGCCGAAUUUGAUAUUAACGGAACCUCGGAGUCUUGCCUCUCCAUUCUCAACAACGUAUAUAACGACGGUAUCGCGUGGCACGAUGUAGCUUGUUACCACGAAAAGCCGGUCGUCUGCGAAGAUUCGGACGAGCUAUUAAAUUACGUGGCUUCGACGAAUCCCGGACUCCGUUUAUAAGAGACCAGAUGAAAGGAAGAAUUUAGAAUAGUCCUCCCUGUAUAUUUUAACUUAAAUUUUAAAUUAAUUUUGCUGUAAAGAUUCGUUUCGACGCGUUGUAAGUCCAAAUGAAUUAAAAGGGUUUUAGUAACAUU